CCGGGCAGAGCCCCGCCCGCCUACGCGGCCCCUCCCGCCGCUUCGCUCCGCUCGCGCCGUUCCGCGGGGCGGGGAGAGCCGACCCGGAGCGGGAAGCGGCGGCGCGGCCCCCCCGCGGCGAUGGAGGGCGGUGGCGAGACGGCGGUGCGGUGCGGGGAGGUGGACAGCGCCUGCGAGGCCCUCCACCUCCUGCAGAUCGAUCCCAGCGGCUCUGCAGAGCCGCGGACGGGCGGCGCGGCGCCCUGCUCGAGGAAUGUCCUGCGGAAACAGAAACACUGGGAGAAGGUCAUCAUGGCAAAGAAGAGGAAGAGGACGCAGGAAAGAGAGAGAAGAAAAGCACAGCAGGCUGAAGGCAGAGGCACUGCAGGACAUCACAGCAAAAGAGUUCUGAAAGCCAUCAUGAAAGAACGUCUUCUGGAGGCCAGGGAGUCUGGGCCUUGGCUGUGCGUGGACCUCAGCAUGGCUGACCGCAUGACAAAGAAGGAAACGAGCCGCCUUGCUGCUCAGAUCAGGAGACUCUAUGGGGCCAACAGGAGGGCCGAAAAGCCAUUCUGGCUAUGUCUGACAGAGUUUGUGGUGGGCUCUUUGAUCUAUGAGGAGUGCUUCCGCAUGAACGAUGGCUUCUCCAAUUAUUUGAUGGGUACAACUCAAGAAAGUUACCUUGACCUGUUUCCUUUAGAUACAGUUGUUUAUCUCACUCCGGACUCUGAGAACGGUCAUGGAGAACAGCAGAGGUGCUUGAGGACUGGAAGAAAGCCAGUGUCACUCCAGUCUUCAGAAAGGGCAAGAAGGAGGACCAGGGAACUCCAGGCCAGUCAGCCUCAUCUCGAUCCCUGGAAAGUCCUUGAAGACAUUGAUCCUAAAAAAGUGUACAUCCUUGGAGGGCUGGUGGAUGAAAGUAUUCAUAAGAAGCUGACCUUGCAAAGGGCUCGAGAUCAGUCCUUGCAAACAGCCCGCCUCCCAAUUCGUGAGUACAUGGUGAAAACAAUCAACACCAAGAACUACCACUCAGAGACGCUUGCAAUCAAUCAAGUCUUCGAUGUCUUAUCAACUUAUUACGAGACCCGAAGUUGGCCAGCAGCCUUGAAAGCUGGAGUUUCUUCUGGAAAAGGCUAUGUGCUCCCAGAUGCAGUGAAUUAAGUAAAGAUACAUGGCAAAGCACAAGAAAACUCUUUAUUUUUCUGAUGUUAAGGAGCUGUGACAGACCAGGGAAGCAAACUCCAAGUUUCAAGCAGAAACACCACCAUGAAUGUGUAUGCAGAAAACACAACUCAGCUUAAAUCUGGGAUAAGGAGCUUGUCAAGAGUGAUAAAUUAUACCUCAGCAGGGUAUUCCUGGAAGUGACUUUUUACCUUAAACUCAAAACAAAAGCUGGUUGAACCCUGGAAUCAAGUAAAAACUUGGGAAUUCAAUUUUGCUUUUCUUGCAGAUGUUUGAUAGAGUAUUUGUGUCUCUUACAUUUACACUUGUUCUGGGACAGAGAGAAGAGCUUAAAGUAUUUCUUUCAUCUCGAUUAGAAGGAAGUACUGUGACAUUAGAAGAGUGACAGAAUACAGAACACACUGGUAAAGAAAAUCAUCUUUUCCAUCAAAAAGAGCAGUGCUGUUCUGAUUGGGGAACACAGGAUAGGAAGUGUUUCCCAGACUAAUGAGGUAACAGUUUCUAGAAGUACCAUGUCCUUAACAGUUUCCAGAAGUACCAUGUCCUAUCUUCCUUAAGCCAGCUGAAUUAAGGACUUUGAGUUGCUGAAUCCCAUAGAUAACUUUGAUUACAUGCAUUCUGAUUACAAUCUAUAAUAAAAUGUUUACUCUUUAAGAA